AUGAGCAUACAACCAAACAAACCUGCCCAGGGCAUAAUCCAUAUAAAACCAUUAUUAAUCCAUCAAACACAAAUGACAACCGCAAGUCUAGAUCCAAGCAAACAAGACAAUGAACCUUUAAUAGCAACCGCAGAACAACUUCUGUCCCUAAUGGAAUCAUUUAUAGAACUAGGAGUAUUAGUUCAUGACAAUCAAGGUACACAACAAUCACAUACAGCAUUAAUCCACAAGACAAAUCAAGUAGUAAGUCAACUAUCUGGCUUAACUUCAAGUCCAUAUACAAAUCAGUAUCCAAUUCCAAUUGAUGUGAUAUCAUAUAUUGAAGAUGGAAGAAAUCCGGAUAUUUAUACUCGUGAAUUUAUAGAAGUUACGGCAAAGAGUAAUGCUAGAUUAAAGGGGAAGAUGCAGGGAUUUGGAAGAUUGAGAGAUGUGUUGGGUGAGAAGUUGGGAAAGGAGUUUCCGAGAUUGGUUGAUAGCAUAAAUGAUAUAAAGAAACGGACUGAUCCUCCUAAUGGGGUUAAUAUUGAUGUCGAUGAAGAGAUGAAGGAUUAG